AUGCUGACUAUUGCCAUCAGUGUCCAGAUGACAAUUAUUCAAAUAAACAUCACAGAGAAUGUAUUGCAAAGAUUAUCAGCUACCUCUCCUAUGAGGAACCUUUGGGAAUCACCAUAGCUUUCUUUGCCCUAUUCUUGUCCUUCAGCACAGGUUGUGUCUUAGGAAUCUUCCUUCAAUACAAAGAAACAGCCAUGGUCAAAGCCAACAACCGUGAUCUCACCUACAUGCUCCUUGUCUCCCUCCUCCUUUCCUUUCUAUCCUCCUUUCUCUUCAUUGGUCGGCCACAGAUGGUAACCUGCCUUCUCCAGCAAACUGCCUUCAGCACCAUCUUCUCAAUCUCCAUCUCUUCCUUAUUUGCAAAAACCAUCAUGGUGGUGGUGGCUUUUAUGGCCAAAAAGCCAGGGAGCAAGAUGAGGAAAUGGCUGGGGAAGGUUUUGGCCAACUGCAUUGUCAUUUCUUGUUCUGGUGUUCAGGUGGCCAUUUGUAUGAUCUGGUUGGGAAUCUCUCCCCCAUUCGCAGACACUGACAUGCACUCCCAACAUGGGCAGAUCACACUUCAGUGUAAUGAAGGAUCUGAACUCAUGUUUUAUACUGCCCUUGGCUAUAUGGGCUUUCUGGCCACCAUCUGUUUCACUGUGGCCUUCUUUGCAAGGAAGCUGCCAGAGGGCUUCAAUGAAGCCAAAUUGAUCACCUUCAGCAUGUUGGUGUUUUGCAGUGUUUGGGUGUCCUUUGUGCCCACUUACCUGAGCACCAAAGGGAAAUACAUGAUAGCCGUGCAGGUCUUCUCCAUUUUGUCUUCCAGUCUGGGGUUACUGGGUUGCAUUUUCAUCCCCAAAUGCUACAUUAUAUUAUUUAGGCCAGACCUGAAUACAAAGGAACAACUGAUGAUGAAAACUCAAGGUGGUUUCUAUGGGGUAAUUUAAGUUUUCUAUGAUUGCAACUUUUUAAAGAAACAAAAUAUUUAAUAUCAAAAAUGUCAAAGCCAAACCUGUUAGAGUUUAGCUUUAAAAUUAGCAGAGUAGCAGAAAUGCUAUCUUGUCUAAAUAUGGCCUCAUUCCCACGUAGGGAUAAUUUGCUCUCUGAUUGAAUCCAUAAGUCGGUUCAGAGAGAGAGUGUGAUUCACAUUGUGCAUGAACCGAUUUAUGGAUUCGGAUCAGAGAGCGAGUCCCUCUCCUGUCUCUCUGUCCCCGGCCAGUCCAUCCCCGGUUUCUCUGUCCAUGGCCUUCUCUAGUCCCUUGCCUUCUUCUUCUCCUGUCCCCACGGACUCCUUACCAGCCUUCCCUGCUUCUUUGCAAC